UCAAAGGAUGCAGCCUUGCAUCAAUUAAAAAAAUACAACUUACAUUCUACAAAUUUUUAUUGUCUGUGUCAAACAGCUGAACACGCAGAAUAGAAAUUGGUGUUUUAAAUUAUUAUAAUGUUGAAAAAGUAAAUCAAUGAAGUUAGUUUCGGAAAGAUCAUACCUACCAAACAUUUGUGUUCGCAAAGGCUGAUCGUAAUGAACUAAUAACAGUUUGCGUCUUUGCGUUUAUUAUGUUUGACAAACGCCGAAGUGUUGUGCUGUGGUGAUGAUGUGAAAACAAAACAGUGAAUGCUUUUAAUCUAAUGCUUUUUGUGAAAUUAUAUUAUUGAUGAUAUAAAGCGAGCGACUAAUAAUGUCGGAGUACGACUUGCAGUUCGAAAAGGACUUAGAAAAAGCCCAGGCUUUGAGUUUAGAAAGUUUGGCAUUGGAACAAUUUCGAAGGCAGAAGCAGCUAUCUAGUUCAGAUAAUGGUCAAGAUACGGGCAGCGGCAGUGUUCGGCGACGCGAGGAGUGCGACGGACCACCUCCCGCUUUACCGCCACCGCCCAGGAGACCGCCUAGAAGAACUUCGUGCUCCGAGAGUUCUAGGUCUACAGGAACUAGUCCGACCCGAAACACCAGCAGUGACCUGAUAUCUUUCGCGAGCCCGAUCAGCAACACAGCGCCAAAGGAUUCACAUGCAUCCCUCAAAGAAUACAUCGAUCAAAUCAGCAAAUUGGGUCAACAGACUGAAGAAAUCACGUUGAACACGCCCGAACAAUCCCAAGCUAUGAAUAACCAGUACAAUCAGCGACCGGGCUAUCCGUACACCCCGUACAAUUACGGCUACCCACCGCCGUACACGCCAAUGGUGCCGUAUCCGAAUACCCCGUACGGAAUGCCAACACCUAUGAAUCCAAUGCCCAACUACGGCUACUACCCGCCAAUGUUGGGCCAGCAGGACCAACAACACCAACCACCCACAUACGUAGUAACCAACCCGCCAGUCUACGCACCAACCAUACCCUACGCACAAACUAGAAUGGCCACACCGGCCCCUUACAUCACAUAUCCCCCACAAACGCCUCAACCACCCGGUUCGUACAACUACAGUACGACCAACUUAAUAUCGAGGCCUACGAGACCGGCUUCUAUAUAUCCGCAGCUAAAUCAAAUGCCAAGAUAUGUCACACCGCCAAAUAAUGCACAAACAAAGAAUGUGAAUAAUAAUAAUAAUAAUGUAAAAGCGCCGGUAGUGAAGACUGAGCCGUCCAGAGACAGUGUGGAAAGCAACUUUUCUAAAAAAUCUGACGGGUCGAACGAGUCCACCGACGAGUUGGGAAACUUACCGAAAUCUAUGAACCUGAUCGACUUCGGCGGCCGCAAGUCCAGCGGGCAAGGUAGCGUAAGAGUCAGUGUGUUAGAGGCGUUCGAUCCGCUACUAUUAACUGAACAGAAUCAUUCGGAUUACGCGGCGAAGAGUGAAUGCUCUAGCGUGUACGAGGAAUACGAUCCUUUGGACUUUUUAUAUGGAGAAACGGAAUUACGCGAUGCGCCCGUAUACGCUACGAUAAGCAAACGGGAAAGUGUAUGCGUACCGUCGCCACCGCCUAAGAAGAUUCCUAGCGUACCGGCAGUAGCUAAAAGGCCUACAACGAAUAAACUUUACGACUGUAUAGUGAAGUCGCGAACAAAGAAUUACGAUAGCGAGCACAAAGCAUUUCUUAAAAUGGUUAUCGAUGUACGGAAAAGAUUUAGUUACACGGACGACAAAACAAAUCCAGGACACGUUAUAGCAGCGCGGUCAGGAGGGAAAUACCCACCAAACACCAGUAUUAAAAUUCUAGUCUACAAUUCCCAUACCGACGAACCUAUCACAUUUACUUCCGAUGUCGAGUCAACCGUAGAACACGUCAUAUUAACAGUAGUUUGUUCACUCGAUGAAGAUAUAAGAGAAGACAUGUCUGGAUAUAUGUUGCGGGUGUGGGGUGCCAAAGAAUUCUUAACGCCGGGCAGUUCGCUCAGCGAGUACGACUACAUUCGCGAGAGUGUGCGCUUAGAGAAAGACGUCCGUCUCUGUCUAACAGAAGGCAGAGAGACGUCCCUAGCGAGAACCGACAGAGAUGACGCUAGAGACGCGCAUCUCACUUUAGAUGAUUUGAUAUCUUCGCAGGGCGCUAUGCCGAUGUUGUCAUUUGAUAAUCUUUCUAUUUUAUUGGAGACCCUUGAAGGCGAGCUCUCGCGGGCGGUCGGUGUGUUGGGCGCUGAAGGCGUGUGUUCACCGAACGCUGUGUUCCAAGCUGUCAAAGCUAUCUGCGCUCUAGCGGGCGGAGUUGAAACGCUCCAUGUUACGCACACACUCAAUGCCUUCUCUCAGGCAUGUACUGCGCAGGUUACGGGGACAGUGCGACCGGAAAUUCAAUCGGAAAGUGGUCCGUAUUGCUCGGUUUCGUUACGCGCGGCGAACGCUCGCGAGGCGCUCGCACAACAAUGCUCGCGGGUUCGUGACUCCGUGCGAGCGCUGAUAGCGUUGUACACGCGAGCGCGCCUUUUGGACUUCCAAAUGGCAGAUGGUCCUACUAUCGCAACAGAUCCGAACAAAGCAGUCCCAGCACAAACAAUAUCAGAAACCAUGCUGUUCUGUAUCGAAGCCGUCCACUGCUUACCCCACUGUUGGACGCACGAUGAAUAUCUAUUCCACACGCAAAUAUACUACGGAACACGCCCCUUGAAAACAUUGCAUGUAACGCACAUAAGCAAGAUAGAGUGCGGUGGAUUUUACCCUAGGAUCAUAUUUGAUACAUGGUUAAAUCUAGAAGAUGUUCCAGUCAACACGCUACCGCGCGAAUCUAGACUCGUGUUGACACUCUUUGGACGUACGCAAAGAACAGACGAACAACAUCAGAAUGAAAGUCAACAGAACAACAAAGAGGGGGAAGAAAAUGGAGAUGUGCAAUUCGAACAAGUGGAACUUGGAUGGACUGCCAUACAACUGUUUGAUUAUGAUAAAAUGUUAGCAGCGGGACAUUACGUACUACCUCUUUGGCCUGCGUGCUGCGAUCGUCGUAUUGGACCCGCUCCGACUCCGUUACAUACGCCACCACCGCCCUAUCCUCUAGUUAAUAUUGAAAUACCCAUAUACACGCGGACGGGUGUCAAGUGGACGGACGACGAGGAAGACAACGAAAAGUCGUUGUCCAUUGAUGAUUUACCCACUUUCGAUACAUUGGACGGACACACACAAUCACAGUUGCUACAUCUGAUCGAGCAGGGAGCUUACCAGAGAAUGCCUACUGAAGGUAGAGAGAUUCUAUGGGAGAAGCGGCAGUACCUAGUGGAACUACCAGGAGCCCUACCACUUGUGUUACUCGCUGCGACGAACUGGUGUGGAGAGCAACGCGCGCAACUCGUGGCGCUCAUGCGACUGUGGGAAAAGCCUUCACCGCUUAACUCCAUGCAUCUGCUGCUCCCCUGUUUCCCAGAUGCGGCAAUAAGAAAAAUAGCAGCGACCCUAGUUGAUGGCAUGUCUGAUGAUGAGCUGAUCCGAGUACUGCCGCAACUUGCGCAAGCUCUGCGGUAUGAAACGUAUGAAGCUAGUCCGCUUGCAGAGGUGUUGUUAUCCCGAGCACUGACUGGUCCGGCGGUGGCGCACAAAUUGUUUUGGCUUCUAGUCCACUCCCUGCCAAAUGUACCACAGGCACCAAAUCAAGAGUUCUUAGGCAUAAGUUUAGAAGAAAACGCGUCCGAUAGUCAAGAAAUGGACGCUUGUAUGACUGCAACGUGGAGAUAUAGAUUGCUCUUGCGAGCAUUAUUAGCUAUCUGUGGAGAGAACCUCACUAAGACUUUGCUUAGACAACAACUGCUUGUCAAGAUGGUAGCCGAUGUUGCCAUGUCGGUGAAAUGCGCAAAAGAGGCGCUACGCCAACGCGCUUUGUACGUUGGAGGCGAAAAACUGUCCGGCCUGUUGAGACAAGAGCCAGCCGCAUUGCCGUUUGCGCUGCAUCGAUACGUGCACGACAUCGAUGUCAAGUCUUGCUCAUAUUUCUCAUCAAACACACUUCCUUUGAAAAUCAACUUUAUUGGCGUCGACUGUGCUGUCAUACCAGCCAUGUUUAAGGUUGGUGACGAUUUAAGACAAGAUUCUCUCGUACUGCAAGUGAUAAAGGUGAUGGAUACUUUGUGGUUGAAAGCCGGAUUGGAUCUCCGGAUAGUCACAUUUCAAGCUUUGCCCACCAGUAGGAAGCGGGGUAUGAUAGAAAUAGUGCCGGAGGCCGAAACACUUCGCGCCAUACAGACUGAGUGGGGCUUAACAGGUUCCUUCAAGGACAAACCCAUAGCGGAGUGGCUCGCUAAACAUAAUCCUUCCGAACUGGAGUACCAACGCGCCAGAGAUAAUUUUACAGCAUCCUGCGCUGGAUAUAGUGUUGCAACGUACCUGCUGGGUAUCUGCGACAGACAUAAUGACAACAUCAUGCUGAAGACAUCCGGACAUCUAUUCCACAUCGACUUCGGCAAGUUCCUGGGAGACGCGCAGAUGUUUGGCAACUUUAAGAGAGACCGAGCGCCGUUCGUGCUAACUAACGACAUGGUGUACGUAAUCAACGGUGGCGAGCGACCAACGCAACGCUUCCAACACUUCGUAGAACUUUGCUGUAUGGCUUUCAACAUCGUCAGGGCACAUCACGACCAUAUACUCGAUUUGUUUGCUUUGAUGGCGAUGUCCGGAGUGUCGGGUGUGUCGAGUGCAGCGGUGGGAUACGUGCGUGCUGCGCUUUUGCCGGCCGCCUCUAACGCCGAGGCCGCGGCCGCUUUCGCGCAACUCAUCAACUCUUCACUCAAGAGCAAGUUCACACCAAUAAACUUCUUCCUGCACAAUCUGGCGCAGUUAAGAGCGAGCGGUGAUCAGAGCAGCAGUUCAUCCGAGCUACUGUCUUUCAUGCCACGGACUUACACUAUGGCGCAAGAAGGUCGCCUAGUGAGAGUGGAGUGUCUAAGCUACGAAAAACGCUACGAUCCAGAAAAGCACUACGUGUACGCUCUGCGAGUUUAUAGACAAGGACAGACUACGCCGUCCGUUCUUUACCGUUCCUACAAGCACUUCACCGAGCUCUACCAGAAGAUCUGUUUACACUUCCCCUUGGCGAAGGUUCAUAGUUUACCCAUCGGUCUCCACGUGGGCCGAUCCAACGUGCGCCAAGUAGCCGAGAAAAGGUUCACCGACGUGCAAGCGUUUCUGACGUCAUUAUUCAGCCUUGCGGAUGAAAUUGCGCACUCUGAUCUCGUGUACACAUUCUUCCAUCCACUGCUAAGGGAUCAGCAGGACGUCGAACCGCAGAGAUUGCGGAAGGGUGAGUCCGUAGAAGCAGAGAACACCGGAUCGGGAUCCUUAAAACUGUCAGUACAAUACGCGGGCGGAGUUCUCUCCGUUUUAAUACUUCACGCUCAAUCCUUGGCCGCAACACCUCAAGGCCUGCCUCCCAACCCUUACGUUAAGGUGUACUUAGUCCCAGAUCCCAAUAAAGAGACGAAACGUAAAACGCGCGUGCUAAAACGCAAUUCGCACCCAUCUUUCAUGGAGAUGCUCGAAUAUCGCCUUCCACUCGAAGUCAUAAAGAACCGAAGUCUCCAAGCAACUGUGUGGAACUACGAUUCCUUGCAGGAGAACCAGUUCCUAGGCGGUGUGGUGAUUCCAUUGAGUUCCUUGAACUUGAAGGAGGAGACGGUCGCCUGGUAUCCUCUAGAGUACAUACCUCGGUAGCUAAUACUAGCGCGCUCCGCUAUAUGGACAACGGACUUAUCGGUACGUUGAUAUGUCUCUUGUUAUGUUAACGGAAGCGCAUUUUUGAGACUCUAGUGAUGUGAAAGAGAGAGUUGGAGUGUCAGUUACAACUUAUCGUACUUGUAUUCAAUACACCUUGUAGUAUAUGAAGGAAUGUAUUACGAAUUCUACCCUUAAGUGUAAGUUUUUGAGUCCAAUCAGUGUUACCGAAAACUUCCGGUAAACAAAGCGCCAGCGUUGCGUUUUUAUCUUAAAAAUGCACACUAAGGAUAUUAGUCAUCUCUAAUAACGUAUAUGUUGCUUCAACUGCUGUGGAAUCAUGAAAAUUGAAUAAUUCUGACCACUUAUAAUGGCUGUAAGAGUUUUAAAUCCUCGAAUUCGAACGACGUUUUAUUGAACGCUGAAGAAAUAACGCACGUCCUGAUAAAUUAAUGAAUUGCAUAAGUACUAAAUAAGCCUGUCUUAGCUACGUAUUAUGGAUAUUUACGGAUCGCAUGAAUGUCUACUUACGUUAAAGGGAUGGGAGGAGUCCUCCGAUUAGGGGAUUUUUUGAUAUGAACUCUACAGAUGAAAAAAAAAUCUAACAAUAAUCUACAUAAUGUUGGUAACUAAUGUACUUGCUAUAUUUGUAACAACUGAAACAAAGCGGUACGCUUGACAAAUCAUGUGAUACGAUAAAAUUAUAUCGUAUGGAAAAUAUGUCUGAUAGGAUAAAAAUGGUAAAGUCAAAACUUUUUAAAGAAAAGGCAUAAUCGUUGUUUGAUAAAUAUAUUAAAGAGUUAUUUUUACGUACACUGUGCGACGCCACGCUAACAGCUGGUCUGAUCUAUCAUAUCAGAUGUUUCACACCAAACAUAUGCUAUUCUUAUCAUGUAUGACUAAAAGUUAAAGUGAAUGUCGUAAAUUAAAAUUGUGACCAAAAAUAUCAGUUUGUUGUUUCAAAUGUCAUAUUCAUACUAAUCAGGUUGGCUCAGCUUUAAGGUCUAGUGUAGUGUUUGCACCAAACUAUCUUAAUAAACGUGCAUUUAUUUUUAUAAUUUUAAUUGUAUAGGCACGACAGAAGCCGCCUGGCUAGUAGGGACUUUGUAUUAAGUUAUUAUUUCUUUGGGACCUAACUCUUUCUAUCUAUACAUACAUAAAUAGGUAUAUACAGUGAGUCUAUAUAGAUUUACUUAUGCAUAUCCACCCUUAAAUUGUAUUAUUAUUUGCACUUUUUAUUGCUUGAAAAGAUCGCUAGGUAGCGAUACGGCCAUCAAUAUCUAAGAUAUCGCAUCACAGAGUAAGGAUUCUCACACACAGAGUAAGGAUCUAGACGGAGCAUUCAUGCGGUAAGUGCAGGGCAAGUUGACGACCCCCAAAUCCUUUUAGUAAUAAAGGAUGUCUGUAUUAAAUAUCAAUCAUUUUGAAUAUUCAAAUUCAUUUAUUGCAUAUUACAGUUCAGUUUGGAUUGAAUUACACGUAGGAAGUCCCAAUGUAUAUUGCCCCUUAUAUAAUAUGGCUUAGAGUUAGUUACUGAAGAACGGAUAGAUUAAGGAGGCUGGGCUGUCGAUGAUCGACGAUAAAAAAAUACUGUGUUGUACUCAUGACCCUUUCUAGACUAUGUCGGCA